UCACUUAGCUGACGGAUCUGUCGCCACCCCUCCCACCCCGGGGGCGAGCUUUUCAAUCUCUUCGGGUCCACUCUCCUUUAGGCAUCUUCCAGCUUCAAGUGUGCUUUUUGGAUAUUUUCUUUUUAAAUUAUUAUUAUCAUUAUUAUUAUUAUUUUUCUCCUUCUCCCUCCAAAUAUUUUCGGGAAUUCUGCAUACUGAAGCAGGUGGCAACUGGUACGGAGGAAACCACUGGAUACGUUUGGGGUUGCCAAGUUUUGCCUGCCUUUCCCUGUCCCCUCCCGCUUUCAGAGGCGUCUCGGGUGCUUUUCUUUCGGAUUUACAUGCGGAGAUCGUAUAUGCAUUUACAUGCCGGCCGAAUAAUACAUAAACACACACGCGUGCCCAGGCGCCUGGUUUUCGUCUCUGUACCUGACAAAGCGAAAUGUCGCGGAACGGAUGGAUAAGGAGAACCGUAUUAACAUUCUUUUGAGCCCGCUUUCGAGCACGGGGAGGCAGAGAGAAGAACUGUUUCACGCUCGGCCGUCCUUAGGCUGCACACUAAAGCCCCACGAAGUAUUUACGGUUGCAGAUCAGGUGCAUACGGGGCUUAGAGAGAAGCUUGACUCUGACGGCGAAGUGUUGUGAAAACUGUCUCCUUGAAUAAUUGGAAAGGGACUGGGGAAGAUGAGGGGGCUCGGCGGUGGAUGUGUCUUGCUCAGGGAUAUAGACCUGAAGCUAACUGGAUUUGAUUUUUAAGAAGGACAUCCACAGUCAAUGGCCACUCUCACCACAUCGCUACUAUGGAAAACAAGAUGGUCAAUAGGAUAUGGCCUGAUAAAUAGUGAUGAUUGAAGAUGCAGUUUCAGCGCAUGUGAAAUCAAUGGGAAAUACUUUCUGCAUGAACAGUGUGCUGAGCUUUUCUUGACAAGUUUCUCUUCUGAGAAAUCUAAAGCAUAUUUCACUAUCAUUCAAUUUUUUUCUUGAGUGGAUAUAAAUAGAUUUGCCUCACUGAACCAGACAAGUGGACAACUGAUGUGGGAUCAUGGCACUGCUCAGAUGCAUGUGGAUGAAUUAUGCUUGGAGAGCCAUGAUGGCAUGCUUGGUACACAGGGGAUGGGGUUCCUCAUUGACUCUGUGCUUGUUGGGGAUUUUGCUUCAGACUGUCCAUGUGCUCUCUCAAAAAUUGGAUGAUGUAGACCCACUGGUGACUACUAACUUUGGCAAGAUCAGAGGGAUUAAGAAAGAACUCAAUAAUGAAAUUUUGGGGCCUGUUAUUCAGUUUCUUGGAGUCCCGUAUGCAGCCCCACCAACAGGGGAACACCGCUUUCAGCCUCCAGAACCACCAUCUCCCUGGUCUGAUAUCAGGAACGCCACUCAAUUUGCUCCUGUGUGUCCCCAGAAUAUCAUUGAUGGCAGAUUGCCAGAAGUCAUGCUUCCUGUGUGGUUUACUAAUAACUUGGAUGUGGUUUCAUCAUAUGUACAAGACCAGAGUGAAGACUGCCUUUAUUUAAACAUAUAUGUCCCAACUGAGGAUGUAAAAAGAAUAUCCAAGGAAUGUGCCAGAAAACCCGGCAAGAAAAUAUGUAGAAAAGGAGGUCCCCUUACAAAGAAACAGACAGAUGAUUUAGGUGAUAAUGACGGUGCUGAAGAUGAAGAUAUUCGGGACAGUGGGGGUCCCAAACCAGUGAUGGUGUACAUCCACGGUGGUUCAUACAUGGAAGGUACUGGAAAUUUAUACGAUGGGAGUGUCUUGGCAAGCUAUGGCAAUGUGAUCGUCAUCACGGUCAACUACCGGCUGGGGGUACUGGGCUUCUUGAGUACAGGGGACCAGGCUGCGAAAGGAAACUAUGGGCUUCUUGAUCUCAUACAGGCUUUAAGAUGGACUAGUGAGAACAUUGGAUUCUUUGGUGGUGACCCCCUGAGAAUCACUGUUUUUGGAUCAGGCGCAGGGGGUUCGUGUGUCAAUCUGCUGACUUUAUCCCAUUAUUCUGAAGGUAACCGUUGGAGCAAUUCAACCAAAGGUCUUUUUCAACGAGCAAUAGCUCAAAGUGGAACAGCCCUUUCCAGCUGGGCUGUUAGUUUCCAGCCUGCAAAAUAUGCUAGAAUGUUGGCCACCAAAGUUGGCUGCAAUGUUUCAGAUACAGUAGAGUUAGUGGAAUGCCUCCAGAAGAAGCCUUACAAAGAACUUGUUGACCAAGAUAUUCAACCAGCUCGAUACCACAUAGCCUUUGGACCGGUGAUUGAUGGUGAUGUCAUCCCAGAUGACCCGCAAAUACUGAUGGAGCAAGGAGAGUUUCUCAACUAUGAUAUCAUGCUAGGAGUUAACCAGGGGGAAGGGUUAAAAUUUGUUGAAAAUAUUGUAGAUAGUGAUGAUGGUAUAUCAGCUAGUGAUUUUGACUUUGCUGUCUCCAAUUUUGUUGAUAAUUUAUAUGGAUAUCCUGAAGGUAAAGAUGUUUUGAGAGAAACCAUUAAGUUCAUGUAUACCGACUGGGCUGACCGCCAUAAUCCUGAAACUAGAAGGAAGACAUUGCUGGCUUUGUUUACAGACCAUCAGUGGGUGGCACCAGCUGUGGCCACAGCAGACCUUCACUCAAACUUUGGCUCUCCAACAUACUUCUAUGCCUUUUACCACCAUUGCCAAACGGAUCAGGUUCCAGCUUGGGCUGAUGCAGCUCAUGGAGAUGAGGUUCCCUACGUGCUGGGAAUUCCAAUGAUUGGCCCUACAGAGUUAUUUCCUUGCAAUUUCUCAAAAAAUGAUGUCAUGUUAAGUGCAGUCGUAAUGACAUACUGGACAAAUUUUGCUAAAACUGGUGACCCAAAUCAACCAGUCCCUCAAGACACGAAAUUCAUCCAUACCAAACCCAACCGCUUUGAAGAAGUAGCAUGGACCAGAUAUUCCCAGAAAGACCAACUUUAUCUCCAUAUUGGAUUAAAACCACGAGUUAAAGAGCAUUACAGAGCUAAUAAGGUGAAUCUGUGGUUGGAGCUGGUACCUCAUCUGCAUAAUCUCAAUGACAUUUCUCAGUAUACCUCUACAACAACUAAAGUGCCAUCAACAGACAUCACUCUCAGACCAACACGGAAAAAUUCCAUACCGGUCACAUCGGCUUUUCCCACUGCCAAACAGGAUGAUCCCAAACAACAACCAAGUCCUUUCUCAGUGGACCAGAGGGACUACUCCACAGAGCUAAGUGUGACCAUUGCCGUGGGAGCAUCACUGCUGUUUCUGAACAUCUUGGCCUUUGCUGCUCUGUACUACAAGAAGGAUAAGAGGAGACAUGAUGUUCACAGGAGAUGCAGCCCUCAGCGCACCACCACCAACGACCUGACACAUGCCCAAGAAGAAGAGAUCAUGUCCCUCCAAAUGAAGCACACUGACUUGGAUCAUGAAUGUGAGUCCAUCCAUCCUCACGAGGUGGUUCUUCGGACCGCCUGUCCCCCAGAUUACACCCUAGCUAUGAGAAGAUCACCUGAUGAUAUCCCCUUAAUGACACCCAACACCAUUACGAUGAUACCCAACACGAUACCAGGGAUUCAGCCCUUACACACAUUCAAUACAUUUACCGGAGGACAGAAUAGUACUCUGCCCCAUCCUCAUCCCCAUCCCCAUUCACAUUCAACAACCAGGGUAUAGCCAGAUAAGAGAAACAAACUAUUUUUAUUGACGGAUUGCAGGAAAAGAUUACUGAAGAUUCCUUGGCUUUCAACCUACAAGACUCAUUAUUUAAAUAAGGAGGAAUAUUAUGUGAAUAAACAUAUCAAGAACUUUGGGGGUUUUGAAAAAAAUGAAUUGUAUAUAUAUAUAUAAAUAUAUAUACACACAAAAAAAUCAACUUUACAAACAAAUUCUGAUUGCUUGAGGCAAUUGUUCUGAAUGAUACUUUUUCAUUCACAUUCAAGAAUUAAUUUUUUGAAGAUUUAAGUUACAUAAUGGAAUUAGGCAUGUGGAGCACCCAACAGGAAAGAACUCUGUCAGAAACAUGAAAAAAAAAAAAAAAAACACAAACAACCAUGAAUAUGCACAAGGGACACCCCAAUGGAAUGUCAGAUAAUUUUCAUCAGUUUUUAUUUGGAGCCGUUUUAUUGUGUAGAAUAGACCAUACUUACAUGAGUACACAAAGCACCAAUGCUGUUAAUGGCCUUAGCAGAGGCUUAUGCUGAAUUUUGCCAGUAAAACAAAGAAGUUUAAAGACUGGCAGGUACAACAUUAUCACAUAAGUGCUGUUGGUAUAAAGUGUUGGGAUCAAGGAAACUGGAUAUUUCUAGCACGAUGUGCAUGGUAAUUUAUAUGCUUGGUGGCUGUGCUACUGAUUAAGCCGUAAUUAAAAUUCUUCUCAUCCCAUUGGAGUUUUUCUUAGAAGCUUUCUCCAUCAAUUGGCAAAACCUAAUGAAGAUUUUAAGGGGCAAAAGUAAUCACAAUAAAAUAAUUCACAGUAGUUUCUAUAAUAGAGAGUAUGAAUUGUUAAAGGUCUUUGGAGAAACUAUAGGUAUAGCAGUGAAUACUCACUGAUAUGAAUCCCUGAAAAAAAAAUCCUGUAUUUUUAAUGUUUUUUUCAAUCCCAGCUGAAUAAUUUAUAGAAAUACAACUCAAAUCAGACAUGUGUUAGCAGAUCUAUAAUUUGAUGUGGUUUUUGUUACUGCUUAUUCUGUUCUUUUUGGUAAGGUGAAGUAUAUUAAAGAGUUACUUGCAAUAGUCUUAUGAUAUGAGGAUGCCCCAGUAUUACGACUCUGAUUACAUAUCUCAGUUAAUUGAUUUAUUCACAUUGCAUGACAAAAUGUUUACUGCAAAUAAUCCCUUAUGAAAUUAUGUCCCCCUUCACAUCACUUAUCUUUUUCACUGAGGCUCUCUAGAAUUUACUGAUGCAAUGUCAAUAGAGUAUGAUGUCAAUACAGAACCUAGGAGAGUUAACACCUGGAGGGUUUCAGUCUUUUACAGGAAAGUCUUCAUCCCCCUGUUGUUUACCAGUAAUAUCAGUAUAUCACAGACCUUUCCAAAUGUUUGUAUAUGUAAUCAGAUGUACAUUUAUAUUAAAAAAGAGAUGGACUUAAAGAGCACAUCCUGAUAAAUAAUUUCUCUCUUACCUGUACUAUAUUUCUAUUAGACUAAAGUUAUGUGAUUUUUUUUUACAUUUUUUCAGAUGACUAGCAAUUUUGAUAGUUUGUAAGAUAAUGAAAAGAACUUUCUCUGACAAACUAACUGCAGUAACAGAAGCCUUUCUUUUCAGUUACUCUUUUUCAAGAAUUGAAAGCUUAUUAUACAAAAGAAAACACUUGUAUACUACUUGAUGGAAACAACUUUGUACAUCUCGGCCAUGUCACUGGUCAUUGCGUGAAAUAAAGAUACCUGGAUAAUGACUAUUGGUCAAGUGCUAAGAGACAUGAUCUUUGCUCAUUAAAGAGCUAAAAUGUUUAUUGCUGUUUUGUCUUUUUUUGAAAAACAAACACGAGAGAAACAUGGCUGUCUCAAAGCGUUCUUUUUCUAGACCAGUUGUUUUUUUGAAGACAUGCAACUCCUAUAACAAAACUUAAUGUAUAAUUAAAGGCAAGUCUCUUCUAAGGUGAAACUCUUGGAAAUUUGGAGUUAUGAAUUUAGAAACCAACAAAUCAUGAAAACUAUUAGCUUUGUAUAUUUGAAGCCCCUUAGGUGAUGGUGUUAUACAUAUGUGGCCACAGUGACUUUUACUUAAAAACAUAGGUUCCAAUACUGACUCCCCAGGGAUAAGGUCUAUUUGAAACAAAUGUGAGAUAUUUCAUGAAGUAAAAUAUCUCUAUUCCUCAUAUGAGUGUGAUAAAACUAUCACUAAAUAAUAGAUAAAAUGGUAUCCUUCUAAAAUAAUUUAAAAGUUCCAAGACACUGAGAUAACAUUAAAAUAGUCUAUUUGAGGAACUCAUUUGCUUAUAACUGCUUUCUCAAUUAUUUCAUAUUAGCAAAGUAUAAAUGUUAGCCCAUAAUUUCUAAUAAAACCUCUAUUAUAGGUAAAGUCUUCAAAGUCCAGAAAGGUCCACUUGCAGUUCUUGACUAACAUUGUCAUGUUUCAUGAACUGACAAUGCAAGCCAAAAAAGAAUUAUAUAGCAUCAAAAAUGUUGCUUAAUCAUAAAACUGUCUUUUCUUAUAUUGAUUAAACAAAAGGUAAGACCUGUACAAAAAAUAGGUGUGAGUAAAUACUAUUUUAUUUGGCAUGAUGUUUUACUGAGGGUUUUACUUCUAUCUACCUAUGUACCUUUCACUAAUAUAUCUUUGGCUUUAUAUUAAUUUAGGGAAAUAACUCAGCUCUUUUCUCUAACUUGAGGAAAUAUCACUUCUGUAAAAGAUAUAGCAAACAAAUACUGUUGCUGUUCUCCAGUCAUGUGGUAAAGUCUGUGAAUGGCUGCUUGCUAUGAGUUUAUACUUACGGAUCCAGCUUUUUGAAUAUAAAAUUAUGUCCCACUCUUAAUUAAGAAUUGUUUUUAAAGCUUAAACAAUUUUUUUUAGAUGGAAGUAAAUUUUUGAAUACUGUUACUCGAUUUUAACUAAUGUGUUUAAAAUGUAUUGAUCUAGAUGAUAAUUUCCUUUAGAAACAAAGCAAGUACUAAAAUGCAUAUUUUGGUACUAUUUAUUAGUUCAAAUUUUCUUGACUGAGCUUAAAUGACAACCAAGCAGGGGGCUUAGAAUUUUUACACAUAUCACGUCAAAAUAGGGUUUAUCACAUAGGUUUGCUUCUAUGUAAGAUUUUUUUUUGCCAAAUAUUUAUCAAAAUAUUCAUGUUUUUUUCCUAUGAGGUUCAAAAUAUUAUAAGUGACAGAUUUGGUAUUUUGAAAUUUUUUAUUGAACAUGUUGGCUGUGAAUAAAAUCUAGUUUACUACAAAUAUUUAAUAAAUUUCAUCAUUAGCAUUCAUUCAAUUUGGAAUAUACUUUGCUACAUCUUCACAAAUAUACAGUUUGGAGACUAUCAGCUCAACAUAGAAAAUCUGAAUAUAGAUUAUUUCAUUUAUUUCAAAUUUUAAAGUUGACUAAAACAUUUUAAUGAAGACCUAUUUAUUUGUGUCACUUGAAAACAGCAAUAAAUAAAAAUAUUCAAGCCCAUGUAAUAAAAUGUCAAAAAUCAAUUGUUAUGUAAUAUAUAUCUUUAUCAUAACAGUGAUUUUACCUAUUGGUAUACUCUCAGUGAGACAAAUAUUAGUAACAAGAAAGGACACAAAGAAAGACAAAUAUGGUGCCGCUUUAAAGAAGUUAGUACAUAGAAAUUACUGGGAUUCUUUUCUUUGGGGAGUUUCACUGAGAUAGUUUUACAGGACCAAAUGACGAAGAGAAUUCCUAGGAAGCUGGCAAACAUAAUGGCAGUUUUCUGAUGCUAGCUGGGAAUUUUGUUUGCUUCUCUGUUAUUGGCUCAAACCAUUGUGUUUUUCCUUCACUUCCAGUAAUCAGUCGUUAUAAACUAUUGUUUUAUAAUGUGAGGAAGAAUGAGGUAAUUUGGUUAUACUUGUGAAAACAUGCUCCCAAAUAAAUUCCAUUAAUGGACA